UACCGCCAUGUUCGCGCGCACCGGUCACUUUGCGCAACGGCAACGUUGUAUCAAAAACCGUACGUUUUGACGCGACGUUACGUUCCUGUGUGAACGUGCGAGCGGAACGCGUCGGUCUACAUGGACGGUACCGAACGUAAACUAAAUGUAAAAUCGAUUUAUUUACGCCGUUGUAUUUUCGUUAUUUCACCAUGGACGACGAAAUUCUAAUAGGAAAAGUACGUCAGCAUGAUGAACUAUACAACACGACACACAGAAAGUAUAGUGAUAACCGUCAUAAAGAUUUAAUAUGGGCGAAAAUCGGUAAAGAAUCGAACACAACCGGUAUGUAACUCCGUAAUUUGAACACUGUAGUUUUAUUUAUUUCGUUAUUUAUUACACUGAUUAUUAAUUAAUGUACCUAUCAAAAAACGAUCGAUUUAAAAUAAAUAAAAAAAUGAUUAGAAUACGUAGGUAAUUCUCAAUCUUCUACUUUUGGCGGUAGCAUGAUUAAUUCAAUUAAUAAUUCAUCUAUUACGGCUGUACAGACUUAUUUAAUUAUAUUAAACAGUAGAAUGUUUCAAGUGAAAACUGAAUGCAAUAGUUUGAAAUGAGUCACCGCCAGUUGCUAAAAAUCUAAAAACUAAAUAAUUUAAUAUAGAAAUUAAAUUAAAUUCUGGCAUAGUUAUAUUUUGGAUUCUGUGUGCAGCGAAUAAGCUUAUAGUUUUACAAUGAUGUUUAUUUAUUAUAUUUCUGUGGACAACUUUUCUAUCAGCAAUUAUGCUCCGAAAUUUAAUUUAGGAGGUACUUUAGGAAGGUCAAUUUUUUGAUUUUCCCAGGAAUUUUCCUAAUAAUCGGGAAAACCCGAGAGAACGGGAAAAUAAGCGCAAUAUUAAAAGAAAACGUUUAAUACAUAUGUAGGCAAUUAUUUUACCAUAAUAUGACGUAUAUACUGUUGACAAAAUAAGACAAUCAACUGAACUCCGGUCAGAAUUGUUUAUUCGUUGACAAUGGUUAAUCGUUACUAACAAAUAUACAUUAAUAUUCACAGGGCAAGUAUGUAAAACUCGAUGGAUCUCACUCAGAGAUCAACUCAGGAAAGCAUUAAAAAAGAAAAGAACAAAAAGUAGACAAACAGCAGGGAAACAAAAAAAAUGGAAGUACGAAGAUCGCAUGUCUUUUGUGAUACCGUUUUUUAAAGAACGAGACGCGUAUUCUAACAUAGCGUCUCCAGAAAGUGCAAGCGAAGAGUCAAAUGACGAAGACAUUUCCAAUCAGAACAACAAUAUUACAGAAAAAGAUGCGGAUGAGGUUGUGGAAAGUAAAAGAGAAACUACGCCAAAAUGCAAUAGGAUUAAGGAGUCGCUAUCGACAAAAACAAAAUCUACAAAAAAAAUGAAAAAAUCAAUUUCAUAUUGUUCUAACGCUGAAAAAAUAAGCAAACCAGAAACCGCAUCACCUGUUUCAAUGGCAUAUGUAUUGGACAGCGAAAAUGAUAAACCAAAGGCAAUAUCUUGUGCGUCGCAUCCAAUCGACGUGUUUUUCCAAGGGCUGGCCGCUACUGUCAAAACAUUUUCUCCAGAAUACCAGCACGUGGCAAAAAACAAACUGUUUGCGAUUGUUUCCGAUUUGGAGUGGGCGAAAUUACAAAAUAAAAAAAUGAACAAACAGAUCGCAGCAUCAAGAGACCCUCCGACGUCAUACUUUUGCUCUAAUUUACCGUGUGCGUCUACAAUGUCAGCGCCUGGGAUUCAAAAUAGUCUACCACCGUACGAUAACACACAAUUUAUGAGACAGGGGGCACCAUCGAACACCAUUCAAUACGUUCAAGCACCAACGCAAUCUCCUACUUCUAGAACACCAUCGUAAUCAUCAUCAUCAUCAUCAUCUGCUUGAAAUUAUUACGAACGUUUUAAUACAGAUAUAAAUGUAUAAGGCAACAAGAUAUGUGCCUAAAUGUUUUCGUUUAAAUACUCUCAAUUGCACAACGUGUUAUAAUAACAAUGAAAAAAUGUAAUUGAAACGAUAGUUUGUAAUAUGUUGUUUUAUAAGUAAGCGUAUAUUGUUAGAUUUAUCUUACACACACCAUUAACUUCUCCUUAGCACUUAUAGCUUCUCGAAAAGACGCUUUUUUUUUUUCUUCUGAUUUGUCGAUUGAUUUCAAUUAAUAAAACAUAAAAUCGGUGCUGCGACAUUUUAAAAUGAAGUUUUAUUUUCUAAAUCGUCUAAACAAACGUAUGACAUUCCCCAAACCGCUUCCUUUUCAUUACAUUUCUCGUAUCCGUGUUCUUCUUUACGGUUUUUUCUCUUCUUCGUCGUCCAAAAUGAUUGCCAUUGCUGCGAAUAUUUUUUCAUUAAAUUUUGACAUGAUGAAGUAGAGACAUUAUAUUAUUACUAAUUGAUUUGUUAUGAAUUUUAAUUUUUUACUAGACAACUAAAAUAUAAGUUUUCAGACGAAAUGUUUUCGGUGUUACGCUCUAUACACUCGCGUAGACUGGUCCUCCAUAAAAUCCGAAGUUUUGUUUGACGUUUUCAAAAUUUCACGUGACGCGACGUCACAUGUGAAUGCAUAAUAAAUUUGCCGUGUGACGUUGCCGGUCUAUGACGCGACGUCGACGUUCCGUAUACCGUGAAUCUACCUGAACAAAACUAAAGAAUGUGUUUUAAGAAUACCGGCGGGUAAAAAGUUGUGUAGACCACCACCCUCGUUUACAAAACUAACUCUGCCCCGUACAACACUAUUAAUUAAUAUCCCACCCAUCAAUUCGAUUAGAAAUACGGCUCAUUGUGUUAGAAAUGUUAUCCUUCGCAUAUGCCUGUCUAUUAAAAAUAAAGUAAAACAGAAUACGAAGAUUACUUACGCGUAUAAUCGAAUAGAAUUCGUUUUUAAUAAAACUAAUUCGAGUUUUUAAAGUUGCAUUAGAAAAGUCUCGGUAACAUUAACUAAUGCGUCGUCCGCCCUCCCCGACUCGAAGACUUAAACUAAAGCGGACCGGUAGUUUCACUUUAAAUAACGGGGAUCCCUCAUAAUUGAUUAUUACAGUGUUUGGAACGUUCAUUAUAAAAAAAAAAAUAUAAUAAUAAUAACGCAUUCACGUUCGUUUAAAAAGAACGCAUCCUAUGCGUUCACACAGUAUAGCCAGAAAAUCCUUUGAUAUCAAAGACUAUUAAUUCCACAGCACCACAAGUAUGUAAAAAUGUAUAAAUAAUGACAUAAACAAAUUGGUUUUUAACUGCGGUCUCUCCAAACUUAUUACUUAUUAGUUAUUUGGAAUAGAGUGUGGGUAUCAUUAACAGUAAUAUUCAUUACGUACCUGCUAUCACUUUGGCUAUCAAAUGAACGAAAACGGUCGUUGGCUUAACUCCCGCUAUUUGCGUCUAUGUGAUACAUAAUACCUACUAACUGUUUAUAAUCAACGCCUAUACAAUUUGUAAUUUAUAUCGCCUAAAUUCGCACCUUAAAAUGGAUAUGCUCGGUUCAGAUUUCUUAUUUGAAAUUCCAUGUUUAUAUGUAUUUGGAUUUGUACCGUCCAAGUUUGUAUAAGUACCCGAGUUGGUAUAAAUUAUUAUUAUGUCGUUUGAUAAUAAAUUAUAAAUAAUUAUCUUGAAUCCAAACACAACUAUGAUUAUUCGAGGACGGUGUACACGACCAACCAAUCAGAAUACACCUUAUAUUUUGAUGAAAUUUGGAUCCUGUUGGCGAGUAAGAUAGUAGGUUUUUGAUAUUCCGUGCAGUUUUAUUGAUAAUUUGAGCAAAACUUCUAGAAAAAAACAAUAAAUAGUUGACGAAAAUAAUGGUUUCGUUAUUUUCAAUUUUGUUUUUUUUUUGUAAUUCAGUUGAAAAUAAUCGUUGAGACUUGACAUUUCAACAGAAAACUAACAUUGGCCUUUUUUAGACAUUUUAUAUUUGAUGUGUAUUUUAACAUAGUUUUAGAAUAAAAGUUACAAGCUAUGAAAUUUAUAAAAAAAUAGUACUUUGGAGGAAACGACAUCAAUGUUUUUUGAAUUAUGAACUAUUAAAAAAGUUACAGUUAUUUAAAAAAACAAAAAAUAAAGGUUUUUGUAGCUUAUCUAUUAAGCUAUAUAUUUGGAAUAAUACAAAAACCCCACGUCAUUCCCUCCAAAAUAUUGUUUUCUAUAAAUUUCAUAAUUAGUAGUUUUGCUCUAAAACCAAAAUUAAGCCAGUUUUAUUCAUUCUGUAUAAGUAUUGUUAAUGUUUGUUAUCUGGUAGUUAGACUGAGACAGUAGAUGUGGGUAUAACAUCCUUUUAAUUUAAAUUUUUAAUAUUUACGUUAUGAAUUCAGAUUUACUAUUAGUUUUGCAGUUCUAAAUUUUUAGUAUUACCAAAGUUGUGAAAAUCUUUAUAUUUUAUAAAUGUUUAACAUUUUUGCAUGUUUUGAUAUUUUGUAACUAAAAGUUGCUCAUUGUUUAAAACAUUAUAGUCCAAUACUUUUGAUAAACAAAUUAAACAUUUCGGGUAAUUUAAUCUUACUUUGAAUAUUUUUUUUAUUUUUAUAAUUUGCCUUAAUUUUAAGGUUUAUUAAAAUACUACAACACUAUCACCUAUCUCUAUUUCUUACCCAAAACAGUUGCCUACUAAAGGUUAUAAGUGUUAAGUCAUUUUAUUUGACAAUAAUCCUCAUCAAGUAUAAUUGGAUAAAAAAAUAAUAAAAAUCUACGUACAAAUGGGAUGAAAACAAAUGUAUUAUGUGUAUUUUUAAUAGUACUAUGAAGUUGUUUGGAUUGAAAUGAUUUACUAUAUAAUAAUUAAACUUUUGAUAAGUGAUAUAAACACAAAAUGAGCAGGUGAAUUACAUUCAGAGGCGGAUUUACUAGAGGGCGGACCAGGGGGUCUGGGUACCAAUGUAAUUUCAAUAAAAUGUCAUCUAAAAAGAGGUAUCCAAUAAUAGAUACUUUUGAAAUACAUAUUAUUUUUCAGGGCACCUUCUGAAAACUGUUGACAAGCCACCACUGAUUAAAUUAUUUAUCAACAAUAGGAUAAUAAAGUUCAUACAGUUAAAAUAAUAAUAAUAAUAAUAAUAAUGUGAACAAAGAAUGAUUAGAGUCUUAAAUAAAAUAAUUGUAAGUAGCACUUUGAGCAUAUAGAAAAAAUCAAAAGGAAUCUUGAGAAAGAUAAUAAGUACACAAAACUUUAUAGUAUUGAAAAGUAUAAUAUUUGUUAUUCAGGAUGUAGCCAAUUAAAUGUUUGUACAAAUGAAGAGCACAAGAAAUAAAUUAUGGUAUAAUAAUAAAUAUCAUACUGUAGUGAAAGUGUUCAAACACUCAUGAAGAGUAUCCAAAAAGAUUGCUAGUAAUCUUCACAAGAUUGAACAGACAUAAAGCAUCAGAAUAGUUCCAAGAAAGAAAAUAAUGAUACUUGAACAGCAUAAUAUUACAAAACACAGACAAGUACCAUACAUAAGGAAGUUAGAAAUUUCAACAUGAAGAAAACUACUGAAUAUAAUAAAAUAAUAAAGUAAAAACAAAAUUAUUUAAAUGGUUAAUACUCAUAAAUAAAUAAAUAAAUAAAUUAAUGUAUCGCCUGGAGUAUUAUGAUUUGUGUAUUAUAUGACCAGUUUAAAUUUAAAAAUUCAUCAUUAGGCAUAUCACAAAGUCAAAAUGUAAAAUAAAUAAAUAAUUUCUAUGUAAAACAAC